CUUCACAAGCUGGCUAGCUGGCUGCUAAGGGGCCUCCACACUUCUAGAGAGGAAAAAGACUGACAUGGAGCACGGGAAGGGUCUGACCGGCCUCAUCCUGGCAAUCUUUCUUCUUCAAGGUACUGUGGCCCAGUCAAAACAAGAAAAUAAUUUGGUAAAAGUGGAUGACAAUCGAGGAGAUGGUUCUGUAAUUCUGACAUGUGACUUGAAAGACAAGACCAUCAUGUGGUUUAAAGAUGGGAACAGAAUAAGUAGCCCCAACGCAACUAAAAACACGUGGAAUCUAGGAAGUAUUACCAAAGACCCUCGAGGCACUUUUUGGUGUCAAGGAGCAAAGGACAAGUCAAAGCCACUCCAAGUGUAUUACAGAAUGUGUGAGAACUGCAUUGAGCUAAAUAUAGGCACCAUAUCCGGUUUUAUCUUUGCUGAAAUCAUCAGCAUUUUCUUCCUUGCUGUUGGUGUAUACUUCAUUGCUGGGCAGGAUGGAGUUCGACAAUCAAGAGCUUCUGACAAGCAGACUCUGUUGCCAAAUGAACAGCUCUACCAGCCCCUCAAGGAUCGGGAUGAUGACCAAUAUAGCCAUCUCCAAGGAAAUCAACUGAGGAAGAAGUGAGCGCAAGACGACUCCAAGUGUUGUCCCUUUCAUCCAGUACCCAGGAACAAAGCAAUGUAUUUUGGAGAGCACCCAUUAGACAGAUUUUCAGCCCACGGUUAAUCUGCAGAGGUGGCAAGCAGCAAGGAAGAACUGUCAGAGAAAUUUUGGGGUUUUCUCACAAUAAAAGUCCAAGCUGGCAGUAUAACUCA